GUUGUUAGAUCGGUUUACGGUGCUGGGUACUGAUUGGUUGCGUCUUGGGGGUUUCUGUCUGCUUCCCGUUAACGCGGAGGGUUAUGGGGCAGACCCCGGCAAGUACGGACCGGUAUGAGGCGUUGGGCAGCGGUGUGCCCCAGGGGUCUGAAAGGGAAUCUGUGGAAGUGAAAGGAAAAGAUCAAAGGUGAAAGAUAUUUUUCUGGGGACACAAUGCGCUCUUGUAUGUCCAGCAAGGAGCGAGACAUUCAUGGCCUGACAAAGAAAUAGUCCUGGCCACAUGAGUGGGUUCUGGAAGAUGUUCCACCAUCACUGCCGCAGGAAUCCUGAGCUACAGGAGGAGCUGCGGAUUCAGGCUGCGGUGGCUGCGGGCGAUGUGCACACCGUACGCACCAUGCUGGAGCAGGGCUACUCUCCCAACGGCCGAGACGCUAACGGAUGGACUCUACUUCACUUUUCUGCAGCUCGGGGGAAAGAGAGAUGCGUGCGGGUCUUCCUGGAACAUGGAGCGGACCCCACAGUAAGGGACUUGAUCGGGGGCUUCACAGCAUUGCAUUAUGCCGCCAUGCACGGGAGGGCACGAAUUGCACGCCUCAUGCUGGAGUCCGAGUACCGCAGUGAUGUCAUCAAUGCUAAGAGCAAUGACGGAUGGACGCCGUUGCAUGUGGCUGCCCACUAUGGCAGGGACUCUUUUGUUAGGCUGCUUCUGGAGUUCAAGGCAGAGGUUGACCCCUUAAGUGACAAGGGAACAACUCCUCUCCAGCUUGCCAUCAUCCGAGAAAGAUCCAGCUGUGUCAAGAUCCUUCUGGACCACAACGCCAAUAUUGAUGUCCAAAACGGGUUCCUACUCCGCUAUGCUGUGAUUAGGAGCAACCAUUCAUACUGCCGCAUGUUUCUGCAGAGGGGGGCUGACACAAAUUUAGGGCGGCUGGAGGACGGGCAGACCCCCCUUCACCUGUCUGCCCUGCGUGAUGAUGUCCUCUGCGCACGCAUGUUGUACAAUUAUGGGGCAGACACGAACACUAGGAACUAUGAAGGUCAGACCCCACUGGCCGUGUCAUUAAGCAUAUCCGGAGCUAGCCGGCCCUGUUUGGAUUUCCUCCAGGAAGCAGGAAGACAGCCACGGUUUCUUCAGGAUUUAUGCCGGAUUAAAAUACGUCACUGUAUAGGAAUGCAGAAACUCAAGCUACUGGAUCAGCUCCCGAUUGCAAGAGUCAUGAAAGACUACUUAAAACACAAAUACGACGAUGUCUGAGUGUUUUCCACAGCAGCAGAGAACUUCUAGUGAGCCGUAGGUGUGAUAUUCCAGGAGUGGGGAAGGCCGUUGUCUUGCACAAGUGUAUCCUAUGCAACGUCUGACACGAUAUGGAGUCAGAAGGCAGAUAUACACGUUUUAUUUGACUUUUUUCUUUCCCUAUUUUCUAUUGCUCGCUAGAAAAGUCUUAAAGUUUUUUGAAUUUUUGGUUCAGGUUCGGAGGUCCAUUGCUUUCAAAGUAAAUAAACAGCUUUCACCUUUUGGUGGGUAUUAUCGUGAUUUAAUAUUUAUUAAGAUCCCCAAUCUUCCAAGAACCUUGCACAGAUAGAAUGAAGAAACCGCCGUAGUGGCCAGGUUCUCGCCAUCGUAAAAUAUAGGUUUUUAUAAAAUAUCUCUAUACAAAGAAAUACCUUAAGCUACAAAGCGCCCAUGAGUAUCUAAACAAUUAACUUAUGGUGCCUUUGAGGGGUAGAUUUUCUGCCCACUAAACACUGUUUAACCUAUUAUUUUCAGAAAAGAUGCUACAGAACAAAGAUUUUUUGGAACCAAAAUGACUUGGUUGCAUUAUAAUUUCUUCUCUUCCCAUGCGCAGUUUUUCUGACGUUUUCCCAAAACAUUUUAAGCAUCGUAAUUUUGCUGCUUAAACAGUUUUACUUUUUCCUUCUCAACUCUGUGACUGGUUUUCUUUUCAAGUGUAUGGUGCUAUGGUGUCUAAUUUAUAUACAUAAAUAAUAAAAAGUCACAUUUUGAAAAACU